AACUCUCACUCAAUCAUCACUUGUCUUCGAGAAGUCAUACAAUUAACAAUUAUUAAAAUAAUUGAAUAUAAAAUAAUUAUUAAAUAACUGACAAAAAAUGUUUAAAUAUCUGAUAAUCGCUUUAUUAAUAACACUCGCGUGGGGAAUGCCUGUGGAGGAGGACUCGGAUGAGAGUGAAUACGAUGAGGAGGUGUUUGGCACGACUCGACCCCCUGUCCAACCCGUCAGCUGUAAAGGACAUCCGGCCGACGGCUACUUCAGAGACCCGUUGAACCCCCAUAUCUUCCACCGGUGCUCACGAGGCAAAUGGAUCGCCGGUUACUACUGUCCCGGGAAUCUGGUCUUCGACGAGAAGGAGCAGACCUGCGACAGAGACCCCGACGUCCCGGUCGUCAAGUGUCCCAAACCUAACGGUUUGUUCGCAUUUCCGGGAAAUCCGCACAAAUUCAUCGACUGUCAGGACGGCAUCGGUUACGCCAUCACAUGUCCCGAGGAUCUAGUCUUCAGCGAACUUAACCAGACGUGUGUUUAUAACGAUCACGGGCUCACUUGGCCUACCGAUGCCACCGUUGCACCCACGAGGGUCCCCACCACCACCACCCCUACCACUACUCCACAACCCUGCACCAGCACACCUUCACCAGUUACCGGACCCACUGCUGGACCUACUACUGGACCCACUGCUGGACCUACUACUGGACCUACGGCUAAACCCACUGUUAGACCAACUGCUGAACCAACCGCUGGACCAACCGCUAGACCAACUGCUGGACCAACUGCUCGACCAACAGCCGGACCAACAUCUGGUCCAACAAGUUCUUAACCCCUAUAAUAUUAGAUCCAUUCAUCCUAUUGUCUAAAAUGCCAUUAAUUUCAUUAUUAGAGCAAAACUUUUAUUUAAAAUAUAAUUUAUUCCUCGAGUAAUGAAUUGAAGUGAAAACUUCUGCCUAAUUGUAGCUAAAAUU